AUGGUCAUUCCGAUGAUUCGACUCUUGCUAACAGCGUUGUUUGUUUUAUAUUCUGUUAUAGCACAAGAUCAUCUCAGGAAAGUCAGUGGUGAUGCAGCACCAGAAAAAGCUCAAGAACCUGUUGACGAGUUUGAUGAUUUCAUACCAACCAUUGACUCAUCUGUCAGAUUAGAGGACACUAUUCCGGAGCCUCCUCCAUUACCAAUUGGUUUGCAAUUCGUUCCGAAGACAACAGAAGAACCACAACCUCCUGCGAGUCUUCCAGUUGCACCACCAUCUGCACAAGUGGCUCCACCAUCAAUAAGACCACCCGAAAAUUCAGAACCUUCAACAUUGACACCUCCAGUUAGUACUAGUUUUCAAAACUUGACUACUUCAAUACCUUAUGAUGACGAAGUUACAGUUACAAUUGAUAUUGAUGACAUUCUGCCAGAACCAAGUGAUGAUUUGGAGGAAUUCCAGAAGGCUGAUAUACUUGAAAAAGAAGAGAAUGUUGAUGUGAAAGAUCUCGUGAAAAAGACAACUAUAAACAGUACAAACGACUACUAUAUCACGUCUCCAGCCAGCAUCACAACAACCACAACUUCCGCUCCCACGACUACAAGUUCUCCUUCUACGACAACUCAACUCAAGACAACGACGACAACAGAAUCUCAAAAGAAGACGUGUAUUCAUGUGAAGGAACUUCAUAGAGUUGAUGAUGACUCAGUUGUAGUUCAAGCUGGAGUCAAAAAAGGGACGAUAGAAGUGUCUGUCGAAUUAGGGGAAGAAGAAGAUGAUGAGGAAAACAACGAUGAUUCUUCAGAAGAAGAGGAGAAAACACCCGUCAGACAUGUCAGAGAAAACAAGAAACCUGUAGUUUGGAAAAAGUUCGAGAUGAACUGUGAUGAGGAGGAAGAUGAUAAAGGGAAGAUAUGUAAGCUUUGGGCAGCCGGUGGUCUCUGCGGAACUCAUAAACCAACAAUGUUCCUGUUCUGCCGUCGAACUUGUCUUUGUGUUGGACCGAAUUGA